AUGACUGCAGCACUUCGGAUUCUCCAGUACGGCGUGCCUGCUGAUGCUGUAGAUGAGUACAUUAGAAUUGGCGAAAGUACUGCAAUUGCUGCCUUAAAUUUUUUUACCAAAUCAAUUGUUGCUACCUAUGAAGUUGUUUACUUAAGAUCUCCAAAUGAAGCAGAUGUCGCCAGAUUAUUGCAAGAGGGAGAGCAACACGGGUUUCCUGGAAUGUUAGGGAGUUUGGAUUGUAUGCAUAGGCGUUGGGAUAAAUGUCCAACUGCCCAAGCCGGUGCUUACACUGGACACUAUCAUAAACCAACAGUUGUACUCGAGACAGUUGUCUCCUAUGACUUUUGA